AUGCGAUACGAAGACUACCGCGCCAAUAUCAUCGUGGACGGACAAGAGCUCGAUGAAUACGCAGUUCUCAUCGACCAGGAAGAGGAGACCGCCACCUGUUACGUCCCUUCGCAAGUGGGCAAGAACUUCUCGGUGAAAUGGACAUGCGUGGCCGAAUAUCGCGAUCAAGCAAGUAAAGGGACAGUGACCAUCGAUGGCAUAUUCUGCGGAGCGAGUACAAUCCAUACAGGCGAGCGUGGGCUGCGCGACACUGCGCAAAGGUAUCAUGUCGCGGUGGAUGAUAGGACGGUCAGGCAGUUUGAGUUCGCGGAGCUUGCGACCACGGAUGAUGACGACCAUGUCGAGUCCGGCAACCUGGAAGAUGUCGGCGAGAUCAAACUCGAGAUACGCAGAGGCAGGCUGGUACCGAAGACACGACGACGUUCAUCACAAGUGGCCAUUUCGGCACAACGGGACCGACGGCGACGCGAGAGCGGGCAAGGUCCAUGCGAUUUCGAGCGUCCACGGGUGGUGCAUGAGCGGUCGAAGAAGGCGUUGUCGCAUUGCGUUCGAUUCGAUAGUACGCCGUCGCGUCAUGGACCGCCGCCCUCGCACCGUUUGGGUCCCGACUACGCGUUGAAAGAGUCACUCCCCCGCAUAUCCUUUGUGUUUCGGUAUCGACCGCUGGAGGUCCUGCAGGCACAAGGCUUCGCCCCCCUCCCUCGAAAGAAAGUGAUACCGCCACCACGACCACGUAUACGACCCCAGAUUCACACCGACACCUCAAACCACGCGUCAUCUCCAUCCUGUCCCCCCGCCCCCACUCUUGCCCCUGUGCCCGCCCCUGUUCUCACACCCCAACCUGUACUGACACCCACCGAAGAAGACGACAGCGAUAUCGAGUUUAUCGAGGUGCGCUACCCUGACCCUCCAGCACCGGAGCUCGAAGAUGUGCAGAGUCGCAUUCAGGUCUUGAAGAAUGAGCUAGCACAGCUCGAGGCUCGACAAGCCCAAACAAUGGUCGGAAUCAAGCAGGAAGACGUGGGUCUCGGCGCUGACAUCUACGCGAACGCGGGCUUCGGCAUGGAUUUCGCGGACACUGAGGACGAUAUGAGAGAUGCGGAGCAGGUCGAGCGUGAGAUCUGUGCGAUCGUCGAGCCGGACAUCAUCGUGAUUGAUGAUUGAGUCUAACUCGGACGCGAACUAUCAUGGUCUUGGUGCGAGCAUGACAUUUUGGGACUGUACGCUGGGCCAGGUCCGGAGCCUCAUCUGGGAUACUUUGGCUUGUUUUCUCCUGAGGUUUCAUGUGGGCAUAGGAGAAUUGGGGGAACAUAUACGGAACACUGCAUUCACAAGGAACGGGAUUACUCGUAUCUUCAAUAUUUCUGCCCGCUUUUGUUUGGUUUGUUGUUUGUGCUCUUGAUCAGAUCCCCUUGAGAUCAGAUGCGCUCUCGAUCCGGACAUCCUCAAUCGUUUUGGGCCAAUACUCCCGUUGAUAAGAUAAUGGUCCCUGAGCUGGCGCUUCGUUCGUCGCCAUCCUUUCCUC